GAGACAGAGGACAACCAACCUGGUAGCUAGUCAGCCUCACACUGAACAAUAGAGUACAAGGAGCUGGCUAAGUUGGUGAUGAUGGAACAAUUGGAUAAAGGAAAAUGGAUUAUUUAGGAGGGAAGAUAUGGCACAGUCAGGAUCUGGAUAACAAAAAAGGCAAGAAAUCUGGCAAAUAGUCUCCAGCAGAAGAAAGGGAUCUAGCCAUGGCUCUUGAGACAAUCCAUCUGCCUCAGUCCCUCUUGCUGCUGCUGCUGCUCCUGCUGUCAUUGCUAUUGCCGCCAGGGGUGUGUGAUAUCUAUGGAAAGGAGACCAGGAUCCAAAGAUUCUGGAGGUUUCAUGUGGACAAUCCAAAGAGCCUCAUACCUGGGGGGAAUACAAAGUAUUGCACAGUCAUGAUUCGGAGGCGUCAGAUCUCGGAGAGGGGCAAAUGCAAGCGGGAGAACACUUUCAUCCAUGCCAUGGCAGGAGCCAUUCUGGACGUGUGCAAAGCCCAAAGUGUGAAGGCCUGCAAAGUAGGGAGAAAAAAUUGCCACACAAGUGACCAUUCCUUCAAACAGACCCUAUGUGUCCUCCAAGGAUUUGGUUAUUACCCCAACUGUGCAUAUGUGAGCUUCCCCAAGUUCAAGAAGAUCAGCUUGGCCUGUACAGGCUUACCCCGGGUUCCUGUGUACGUUGAUCCGUAACUUCUCCAUGCAGGACCUGCCUUGGGUAUUAUGGAUCCUGGGAAUGGUCCCUUAGUACUCUUCUGAUUGCCAGCUCCAGCUCCAGCUUCAGCUCCAACUUAAUAAUAGUCUCUUACUUUCCAAAGUA